AUGGACGGCGCGUCGCUUACACAUCUCAAACAACAAUGGCGAGCGUCCUUAGAUGCUUCCUUAGCGCUGCUCAUUGCGCUUCAUCAUGAUGAAAGUGGCUCUAAGCAAUGGAAACGCGUCGCGCCGGGUCGUGACGGUAUGGCUGAAGAUAUCCCCGAGAAUGUAUCACUUGCGAUGAUGCGACGACGUGUACAUGGCUCAGACGUCUACCGUGCGAUGUGGGAAGGGACCUACGAGGCGCCGGACCUUUUCGCGUUCUAUGCCUUGUUGGGUGCCCAAGAAUACUUCCCGCAAUGGCUGCCCAUGGUCGAAGGCUCAGAAGUACUUGAAUCCCUCGAUCUACAUACGCGCCUGUGCCGCACCCGCUUUAAGUUCGGGUGGCCAGCAAGUCCCCGCGACGCGGUGGUAUUGGCCCACCAACGACAAGAUGCAUCGACAUUGCUGCAUAUCGCUACCUCUGUGCCACGAAGCAAUGAUGCACCAUCAUACCUGCGCCCGGCACCGCCCUAUGUGCGGGCGCAUAUCCAUAUUAUGGCGGUAUUGAUUCAUCGUAUCACGCCUUCAAGGCUCGCUGUGACAGCAUACUGGUCGCUCGACCCACGUGGAUCGGUGCUGGGCGUACGACCCACAGCCGUGAUCGCAGGACUACCACAAAUGCUACCGACGUUGGCUGAGUGCGUCCAGACCCAAGGCACCCGCAUUCCAUGGAUCUCAGCGUACAGUCGUGGCAUGGAACUGACCUCCCAACGUGCUGGAAGUACAUGGCACUUGGCUUACUCCGUGCUGGACGACGAGCAGCCAGGAGACACAGCGUUCUCAUCCGAGUCGUCCCGCGAGAACGUGACGAAGCAGCGAAGUGUAUGGAUCCGUCUGCAUACAGCACACGGCUGGGACGUUCGUAUUUCCAUUCCCUCGGCUACGCCUUCGUCGAGGGACGACGAGGCAAUGCCGUAUACCUGCGAGCUUGUCAGGCUGGGCGCCUGGUACGAAGUGGUUAUUGAGCAUGCACCCUUGCCGGACGAGGAUACGAUGAUGCGUGUGCGUGUCGAUAUCCAGUGUGUGGAUGAACAUGAGCAUGUGCGUAUAAAUGGUGUAACAACCACAGCGUCGUCUGGCGUGAUGCCUACCCUAGCGCCGCAGACAUUGCUGAAACGCCUUGUAGCGUCGGAUGCAGCGUCUGUUGCCUCGACUAUCUCCGAGGAAGGCCCACGGCGGAUUUCAUUGGCCUCCUCGGGCUUGGCUUCGUCGUCGCUGGCGCCUCUGGCUGCGACUGUGCGUCGCAACUAUAUCUAUUUCACAUCGCUACUUCAAGAGCCAGAGGCCAAGUGGACGCGUGUCACAGAUACGCGCGGUGUUACUGUGACGCAACUGGACUCCAUUGACCCGACGUUGGUCGUCUAUCGAGCUGAAGCGACGUUUGUGGGGUUGACGGUGUGGGAUUUGUACAGUAUUCUCCAUGCCCCUACGUUAGCGCCGCGAUGGACGUCAUCCGUGGAGAAGGCACAUUUACUGCACGAUUUUGGCGGGCAGAGCACACUGUGGCAUGUUCAGUAUCCCUCUGCAUGGCCCGUAAGCGCGCGAGAUGCCGUGCUGGUGCAGACGUCGUACCAGUCCCCGACAUCCGUCCACGUCUUUUCCUUCUCAGCAGAUGAGCAUGUGGAUGAGUAUGUUCCACCGCCAGCUCCAUCGACCAUUCGCACCCAAGUGGACUUGUAUGGCUGGAGCAUUGAGGCGCUUUCGCCAACGACAGUGCAUGUCACGCUCAUUGAGCAAAGUGAUCCACGUGGCUGGCUUUCCAAGUCACGCGUGCCGACGAUGAUGGUUGCUGCGAUGGCGGGCGCAGGGGAGUACGCGUUGAAACAAGGCGGACCGCCCAUGGUCACGCGUCUUCUUAAUGCGCGGAUUCAAGCACUGCAGUACGACGACAAAGCCGAGGCGUUUGAGUUCGAGUACAAGCCCGCGCCUGACUCCAAUGAUUCGACGCAGGUCGAGUGUGAGCUGCGCUGCAAUUUGGAGGCAUGGGCCCCGAAUCUCGAUAUCAAAAUUACCCCGCCGCCGUCAACAACGUCGUGUCUACGUCGGCAUCGUUUGGCCGAAGGGGGCGGUGGGCUUUGGCUCACAGUGGAGCAUCGAACAGAGCAGCUGGCUGGCGCUACGGUGCACAUGGUCGUACGCAAGGGUCCUGUGCAAUCGGUGGAGCGUGGUGUUGUGCUUUUGAAUGGGACGCGACUGGCUGUGGAUACAGAUACGCUCGAUGCAGCGCAAGUCCAGGCGCUAGUCCAACAGAAACGCAUCAAGCCGCAACGUGUGCCACUCGAUUUGCGCAAGCCCCGUGCCGCGACGAGCGCAGCGUCGACGGCUACGCCGGCCGACGAGGCUACAACAGCGAUGCCGACGGCCGGGGCAGCCGAGAAGAAGGCCACCUCGACGGAUUUUGGUGGCACAGCCAAGUCGGUGCCCCUGGAUGCAUCGUCCGCGCGGCCGCCACCGUCGCCGUCGCCGUCGCUCCCGCCGCAGGCCGACGCGUUGCGCGAGGGAUCGUGUACCAACCUACCUCACGACGCCAUGACAUCGACUCAACAGCCCCGCCCCGCCUUGGCUGCUGCGCUGCAAGCGCUCUUCCUCUUACGUCGCAUCAACGCGGAUCGACCCCCUGACCCGGCAGGGGCUCCAUCGGGAUGGACUUUGCUCUCCGAGAAACGCGGUCUGUUUAUUCGGCGGCGGAUGAUGGAGAGUUUGUCGGAGACGGUGGCUGUGCAUCGCACAGAGAAGAUCGUGCAGGGGGUCGCAGCCGACGAACUGCUGCGGUACGUCGCCUACCCCCAUGUCCGUGCGCAGUGGGAUGAGAGUCUGGCACGAUGUGACGUCAUCGAAAGUUACGGACAGGGUGCGACGACGUCGGUCUGGACCACACAGGCGUCGUUCCCCUUUCGCGCACGUGCCUUUGUGGUCGGCCACGUAACAGCGUACGGGCAGAGUGAGUCGGCAGAUGGCGCGACGUCGCCUACGACGCAGCAGCCAGUGUACUUCCAUGCGUCUGCCUCGGUCGAUGCAGACGUGCCAUGGGCUGCAGAGGCAGCGCAGCGAUAUGCGCCGGCGUUACCGGUAGGCCGCGUCUUGAUUGAUGGAUGGAUUUUCGAGCCGGUGGACCCGUACAGCACGGCACAGUACCCUAUUCCCAGUACGCGGUGCACCCACAUUGUGGCGAUUGAUUAUGCGGGCGGCUUGCCCAGCGGUGUAAAUGCCUGGUGGAACGCCUCUUUGCCACGCGCGCUAACGCUGCUGGAGCAGUGCUACCAGCGCCAGGGCCCCUUGCCGUCCAUCCACGCGCCGCCCAACUGGCUACGUGUACGUGGCGACGCACGCGAUGAUGAUCGUACAUUGCUCUGGCGUCGUGGGCGUGUGCCACGCUGGGCGACGAUCCUGACCUGUGAUUAUGCGCAAGAUACGCGCACAUUGCAUGUAUUGGCCUAUGUUGGUCGGUCCACGCCUUCUGUCAAGGAGGCAACACAGACCGUUGAGCCCAGCAGCCCGGGCUCGACGCUGCGUCGCGUGUCCUCGACGUCGUCGCCUACGCCGCUUCCAGUCUCGACUAGCAUGUCAAGUCUGCCCGAGACGUCGACAAUGACAGCCACGGCGACCAUCACGUCGUCCCCCUCACGCUCGUCCUUGCGUACCUCGACGUCGACAGGCGCCUUGUCGGCUAAUGCAAAUGGAUACCCACGCCCAGCGUCUGCCAGCGCCGCUUCCCUAUCGAACGGCGUCCCAUCGUCGCUUCCGCAUCCCCGCCGCCUGUCGUCCCACAGUGCGCCGUGGAAGCGUGUCGUCUCGUCCGGCGAUGCAAGCACCAGUCCAGCCUUGUCCACGUCGCCGCAGGCAGCGAUCGCGGCGCACACGACGUGCAUCGCUGAAGUCCACGUCGAGUUGCAACAUUACCCACAUGGCUAUGCGGUGGACGUGACGUGGGCUAAUGCACAGACGCCGCCCACGCCCUGCGACGUAAGUGCAAUGCCCACGCAGUUGCCCAACGAGCACCUGCCACUACAUGCCCAGAUCCUCGAUAUGCCGCCUAGCGCGUUGCAAGUCGCGACACACUCGUCCACCACGCAGCCACACCGGCAUGCAGUACGUGUCAUUGUCCCCACCGAAAUACUCGAGCGACGGCAUCUUUCGUCGACGCCAGCCGCGCUAGUACGCUUGCAGAUCACGCCGCUGCGUGGUCCCGCCGAUGGCCCCGCCGUGGCAGGCCAUGUGCCCGUUACAUGCAACGGACGUGUCGGUGAGAUUUUAUAUGGCCACGAAGUCACCAGGACACCUAGCUUUGAUAUCGAGGCAGACGAGCUGGAGCGCGUUCCUCGCGGCACAUCGCUGCCGCGGCGUUUGGGCUGGGCGUGGGAAGACGAUCUGCAGAUCCUGGCUCAGCCAGCAGCGGUACGUCCCCCGCCGCCUGCCGCGCCAUCGACAUCCGCCUCAGCUAGCGCCUCACCAUCGGCGACAGCCUCCGAGACCUCAGCCACGGCCACGGCCCGGACAAAGAGCACGCCUGGUGCGGGGACGCAUACCUCCUCCGCGACGGAGGGGAAGGAGGCGGACACGUCUACUACAACGUCGUCGCCUGCUUCCACAUCCGCGCCGUUCUUUGGUCUCUUGGGUCGGCGGCCCUACACGAGUCUCAGUUCACUGGUAUCGCGCGCCACGUCCUCGACAACACCGACACAUGCUACCUCGACGCCGCAUGUAAAGGACACGCCAGCGAGCGCGCCAAGUCGACGAGCUAGCCAGACACAAGCGGGUGCUGCGUUGUCGCAAGAGGCUGAGUCAGAUGUAUCUGUAUCCCAGCCUGUGCCGCCACGGACCUUCCGUUUGACGACGCUCAUUCUGAUUGUGAUUGUCUCGUUCUUGGCCGGCUCCCUCUUCCGAUCACUGCUGGAGCCUGUGGACUUUAUUCUUGUCCCGCAAUCAGCCCUAUCGACGGGGGCAGGAGCAGAAGGAGCUACUACAUCCACGGCGGACACCGUACAAGUACGCUCAAUGGCUGGCCAGGAGCGUGAGAGUGAUGUGCGCAGCAUGCUUAACGUGGCGGCACGUGAAAUUGAUAAUUUCGUGAGAGCUGCACGUCAACUUCAUGCCUUUACGCGCCUGGGCUACCAGGACGAGCCGCCAACCUUGGGUGUCGGGCCCCGUGAUAUACUGGAGAGCACGCCUAUGGUUCGCUGGCGCGAACUUCGCCGUUUCUUUGACUUCCGCGUACCGGGCUUGCCAUGGUACUUGGUCCUUGGCUGGGCACGUGCGUAA